AUGAUCGGUGGCGGCGUCGCGACCCCUCCUGGUACUGCCAAGUCGGCGGCUGCGAUCGACGGCGAAAUGGUGCAGGUCGACGGCAUUGGCAGUGGUAGUGUCAGUGGCAGUGCUAGUGGUAGUGGUAGUCCCGCGACAGGCGCGACUACUACGCGUAUCGCCAACAGCAACAACGCUGGCAGCAACAGCAACAACAACAACAACAACAACGGGGACGUUGCGAACAACAACAACAACAAUAACAACAACAACAACAACAACGAGGGACACGCGGUGGUGAACUGCGGCAGCGGGCCGGCCGCGGGGACCGACAAGUUCUGCUGCCACGACGACGAUGCACCCGUCAGCACCGGCGUCGCGCGACCUUGGGAACCACCCUCGCCGACCUUCUCGCAGACGAGGUCGCAUCUGUUUCAGGUCCAUCCGCCGCAUCAUCAUCAGCAUCCAGCUGCGCAUCACCAUCAACAGAUGACCGUGCCUCCAGUGUCUCUGAUCGACGGCGUGAGCUUGCAAAACUGUACCGCGGGGCCGUUUGCCAGCGGCAACGGCGGUGGAACCAGCAGACAACGAUUGCUCGAGCUGUCUCACGGAUUAGGAGCUCUGAGGCACUACAACGACCUGGCCAAUCACGUACUGUCGCUGAAUCAACAGGGGGCGGUCGUCACCAAACUUUUAGGUACCCUGCGCCCGCCGGGUUUAAUCGGUGGCAGCAAGCCAAAAGUCGCGACGCCGGCCGUCGUCGCCAAGAUCGAGCAGUACAAGAGGGAAAACCCGACCAUCUUCGCCUGGGAGAUUCGGGAGAGACUGAUCUCGGAAGGCGUGUGCAGCAACGCGACAGCGCCAUCGGUGAGCAGCAUCAAUCGAAUCCUGCGGAAUCGCGCGGCGGAACGCGCGGCCGCGGAAUUCGCGCGUGCUGCCGGCUACGGUUUGUACGCCGCUGGUCCGCACCCGUAUUUCAACAGCGCCCAUCAGCACCCAACGACCAGCCACCAUUUACCCGCUGGCUGGCCAGCGCCGGGGACGGCCGGCCACCCUUGGAUGUUGCCGCCGUUGGCUACCGGCAUCUCCGGCGCGGCUUCCGCUCUGCUUCUUCCGCCGUCCUUGAGCCCAGGAGCGGCGGCUGCUGCGGCCGCGGCCGCCUCCGCGUCGGCUGCCGGCACCGCCGAUCACUCUCUGCACGCGGACGCCAUUGCUCGGGGAUACUUGCAAGACGGUGACGGAGACGAGGGAAGCCUGGAUGGUUCGGAGCAGCCGAAAUUCCGGCGAAAUCGCACCACCUUCAGCCCGGAACAGCUCGAGGAACUGGAGAAAGAAUUCGAGCGAUCACACUAUCCUUGCGUGUCUACGCGCGAACGGCUAGCCUCGAAGACCUCUCUCUCGGAAGCUCGUGUACAGGUUUGGUUUUCCAACAGACGGGCAAAGUGGCGUCGUCAUCAGCGAAUGAACCUCUUAAAGCGUUCGCCGCCACCACCACCACCGCCUCCGCCGCCACCGCCGCUGCCGCAGCAGCAGCCGCACUGCUCAAUCGCCGGAAUGGGAGGAGAAAGUAGCGCGUUCCGGGCCGUCGUGACCAACUCCUCGUGCAGAGAGGCCGUCGUGGUGGAACGGAACGAGAGGAUCGACAGGGUGGAAUCGCUGGCCAAACAGCCGGAGAGAAAGCCGAGCGCGUUCAGGAUGAUCAGCCAGCUAGUCGGGGAGGAUUCGCCGAGCAUACCGAGGUCCUCGAGCCCGACGUACGAGCAGCAGAGGCACGAGGGCAACGUGGUGGCCGCGGUUAGGCCAGAGUCGGCGAGCAAGGAGGAAUUGGAGCGCGUGGACGACGAGGAAGAGGACGAGGAGAUCGACGUGCAGGACUCGGACCAGGACGUGCCGUCUUCGCCGACAGUGGCCUGGCGGGAUCAUUGGACGGAACAGCAACCGCUGGAGCUGACGAAACACGAUCGUUGA